ACCCAUGAUUGACGCAGCGGCCAUUUUCCCGCUGGACGCUGCUUCCCAUUGUGGAUACGAAGAAGAAAAUAGAGAGAAGCGAAACAUUUCUCACGACUUCUACUCACUUUCCCCUUGGGUGAUCUUUAGAAGCCAUGGCCCGUACCAAGCAGACUGCCCGUAAGUCCACUGGAGGCAAAGCCCCACGUAAGCAGCUGGCCACAAAGGCUGCUCGCAAGAGCGCCCCUUCCACUGGUGGUGUGAAGAAGCCCCAUCGCUACAGGCCUGGUACAGUGGCUCUGCGUGAGAUCCGUCGUUACCAGAAAUCCACUGAGCUGCUGAUCCGCAAGCUGCCCUUCCAGCGCCUGGUGAGAGAAAUCGCCCAGGACUUCAAGACUGAUCUGCGUUUCCAAAGUGCAGCCAUCGGAGCUCUGCAGGAGGCCAGCGAGGCCUACCUGGUGGGUCUGUUUGAGGACACCAACCUGUGCGCCAUCCACGCCAAGCGUGUCACCAUCAUGCCCAAAGAUAUCCAGCUGGCACGUCGUAUCCGUGGAGAGCGUGCCUAAAUGCUCUCUCCUCCUCUUGGUCUUUAAUCUUUUCACUUCUUCCUGCCCUUCCUUCACCAGUCUGUCUCUCCGUCCCUGUGCCCGCCCCUCACUUGCCCCCUUCCUCCCUUUCUCCCUGUGUUAGUAGUGUGUAGAGGAAAACUGAUUAUAUUAUGAAUAAAUAAAGUGUAUAGUCGUGUUUUUCUUAGUGCUCUCGGCAGCAGACAUCUAGGGUACUCUCUUUCUGUGCAUGUACCAUCUCUUUGGUGAUGAGAUCUCCUCAAGCACACGUUUCCUAGUCUGCACUGUUUCUACUCUGACUCUGUGGGGUAAUGGAUGAUUUGUGGAUAGGAUGAGGAAAAAGAUGGACUGGAACAAUGCAAAUUUGGGAGGGACAGAAAGGAGGAGAGGAUGGUUAUUGUCUGCUGGGGGACCCUUGUCUCUUUUUCUGCAGCAAGGUGCUAGAAGAACUUACCUAGUCCUCUUCUCGUGCUUCCUCUACGCUGCCAGCCUCCACUCAGAAAUGUGCAGAAACGAGAGCGUUAGUCUCUGCUCAUGAAAGCCGGGGCUGGAAUUUUUGUCCCUGCAUGUGUCUGCAUGAGUGCUGGCUCUGAUCACCACAACAAAUUGUAUACAAUCCAUUGGCAUCCUUAGAGAAGUUGAUUUAUGAUUACCAUAUUAAUCAUUGCUGUCAUUCGUCAUGUUAGGUUUUUUUUCCUUCCAAAUAAGUCUCAUGCA